AUGGCGAACGGCACGACCAAGGAACGCGAAAUCCAAGAAUUCGUGGACAUCUGCCACGAACUCAAGAACGAAGUCUUGGACGUGAUGACGAAGAAGUACACGAUGCCGACGGAAGCCGUGGAGUGGGUCAAGGAGAUGAUCGAUUACAACUGUCUUGGCGGCAAGAUGAACCGCGGCAUCAGUGUCAUCCACUGUGCGGAAGCGUUGACCCAAGGCAAGGGCUUGACCCCUGAAGCGCGCAAGAAGGCUGCCAUCUUGGGAUGGUGCAUUGAAUGGCUCCAAGCGUUCUUCCUCGUUGCCGACGACGUCAUGGACGACUCGAUCACCCGUCGUGGGCAACCUUGCUGGUACCGCCUGCCCAAGGUCAAGCAAAUCGCCAUCAACGACGCGUUCUUGCUGGAAUCGUUCGUGUAUUCCAUCUUGAAGACGUACUUCCGCAGCGAACCGUACUACAUCGACUUGGUCGAGUUGUUCCACGAAGUGAUUUUGCAAACCGAGUUUGGCCAGCUGCUCGACUUGACGUCGCAGCCGCUGGAUGGUCCCACCGACUUGGACCGGUUCACCAUCGAACGCCAUCAAAAGAUUGUCGUGUUCAAGACGGCGUACUACACGUUCUACCUCUCUGCCGCCUGUGCCAUGCACAUCAGCGGCGUGACCGACGCGGCGUGCUUUGCUCAAUGCCAAGACAUUUGCGUCAAGAUUGGAGAGUACUUUCAAGUGCAAGACGACUACUUGGACUGCUACGCCGACCCUGAAGUGCUCGGCAAGAUUGGCACGGAUAUCCAAGAUAACAAGUGCAGCUGGCUGGUGGUCCAGGGCCAGCAAGCAUACCAGUCCGUGUCGCACGUAUAUACAUAUCCCCCCGUCAAACAAAACAGACGUUAA